AUGGAUCCCCUGACUGCAGCCAACACAACCUUCGCACUGGAGUUGUCCAGCACCCUGAGCCAGAAGGACCCCACAGCCAACCUGUUCUUCUCACCCUAGGUGUCCUCAGCACUGGCCAUGGUCUUCCUGGGAACACGUAGUAGCACGGAAGCACAGCUGGCCAAAACUCUUCAUUUCGACACUGUGAAGGAUAUUCAUUCAAGAUUCCAGAACACUAAUAUCAAUAAUCUUGGCAACAUCUUGAAGGUUGUCAACAGGCUAUGUGGGGAGAAGACCUACAAGUUCUUCCCUGAGUUCUUAGAUUCGAUUCAAAAAAUAUAUGAUACUGAGCUGGCUAGCAUGGACUUCCAGCAUGCAUCUGAAGAGGCAAGGCAGGUGAUCAAUGAGUGGGUUAAAGGUCAAACUGAAGGCAAAAUUCCAGAACUUUUGACUGAAGGGAUGGUAGACAGCAUGACCAAACUGUUGCUGGUGAACACAACCUACUUCAAGGGGAAGUGGAAGCAUAAAUUCCCCAUAGAGGCUGCCCAUGAGGCUCUAUUCACGCUGAAUAAGGAGAGAUGCCAGUUGGUGAUGAUGAUGUAUCAGACGAACAAAUUUUCCGUGGGCUACAAUAAGGACCUCAAUUUCAGCAUGAUUGAGCUUCCCUACUUGGGCAACAAAUACGACAUGAUUAUCCUGCUGCAGAAGGGCAUCGAAGACACGAACACAGGCCUCCAGGAGGAACAGGGCUGUACCAGUGUUCAGGUGCAGGAAAGUGGAGGCAUGUCUUAG